UGACGUCCAUGACAUCACUCAUCGACCCUCGUCCACAAACGACGAUCAUCAGAAUUUCGCGUUUAAAAAGGACUUGAAGGGCCACUUCAACAAGAACACAAGCACUCAAGCACAUUUUCUCCUUCAAUCAACCACCAACUCCCUAACCAACCAUCAACAACAUGCCUCGCAACGGUGACGGAUCUUCCGACAACGGCCCUAUCGAGGGCCAGAACAUCGUCCACGGUAGCUCUGGGGAUACCACGCUUAAGCACACCCAAAAAGUCGCUCCCAUGCCCGAGAUCGAGAAGGGUGACGCCAUCGAGGGACUCGGCGCCGGCGGUGCUGCAUCGCAGACCGCUACUGGCGAGCAGGUCGUUGAAGACGAGAAGAAGGAGUCUAAGUAAGCUUGCAUGCACGCAUGCAUCAACGGGGUAGCUUACUACGACGGGGCGUAAGGAGCAAUAUCGAGUGAUACUUCUUAUAGUG